AGACACAAAAGAAAAUUCGCUUUCAACGGAACUGUUCUAGACAAACCGCUUGAGAUGAGUUUACUUACCUCAGUUUUACACUAUUUGAUUAUCACAACUGUUUUCCAGACCUACACUCGUGCCAAAACGACAACAAGUCUCCAUAACAUCCAGAUUAAAGGUGAGAAUUAAUGUUUACUUUUAUUGAUAUAUUGAGGAAGUUACUUCUAUAUGACAAUACAAAUAAAUCUCUCACUGCGGGGAUCAGAUCGGCUCAACAUUAUGGCUUGCAAUCUGGGCUUUGUCUGUUUAGGAGCUCAAAUUGUAAAGGGCAUCAUCAUUGAUUGUUGGUCGCUGUAUUCUCUACGUUGGUGCUUUAAGAAUUAAGUUUCGGUUUUCGUAACUUAACAGAAAGAUUUAAAUUAUUCCCUACGACUCUGAUGCCUUGGCAACUAGCGGGCCUCUCCGGGUCUCUCCACUAGCGAUGAGAUUCUGUUUAGAAAGACAGCUCAGAAUGACGCAGAUCCGAAAUUGAGUUAAAUGAACGGCGGUUAGGGGAUUUGUAAAUCGAUAUUAAUCUCGUCCUCUCUUUCCCCCAACCAUUCUUUAUUCCAAUUUUAAAAAGAGGCAGCACAUUUGCUAUGAUGAAAAAUCCAGAAUAAGUUGAAACAAGUUUGGUUUAUUUGACAUUCUGACAGCGGUGACAUUCACAUUCUAGCCAAGGAUGAUUUUGAACUAUCUUUUAUCGUCCAUUUUUAAAUCAGUGAUAACAGCCAUUAUCAUUCCACCACUGUCAUUUUAUCGAAUAAGGUCAUGAGAAAAUAUGCUACAGUAUUAAAUUGUAGAGCAGGGGAAAAUUACGGACGGAAAGCGAAGCAACAAAAUGACUGUAAUGAAAGAUCAAAACUUUGGUUUAUUCCAAUUUUUUAGGCUUGACUUUCAAAGCAACGAACUUUUAAACACAUCAGAGUUCUUUGUAAGUCAUAAAGAAACACUUCAACGGUUUCGCUCGUAUUGUUUCCGUCUUUCAUGCAGACCAUAAAUAAUUUGAUCGAUACUACACUCAUAUGGACCUUAGGAUGUAUAUUUCACAAACUAGAAGCCAAAAGACUACGAAACGAAAUAGUAGUGGAAUGUUAAAUCCCUUAUUCAAAAGUUUAACAUGUUAUACAAGCGGACAUUUUGUUCAUUGGUCGUACGGGGCUCGGAAAAAAACUACACAACUCGCAAAAUAUCCGCCCGUAUCAUAUGUUAAACUAUUGAUUACGUGUAUAUCUCUUAUUAUUACAUUAUAUCAAUUUUUUUUCACCUUUUUUUAGCCUCAGAAUGUUCUAGGUAAAUAAUGUCAUCAAGAUGUUACGAGUUUCUUGUUUAUAUUCAGUGCAGUUUCCCACUGCAAACAGAGAUAAGUAGUUAGAAAUUCUAAUUUUUAUAGCUUAGAGAGUUAAAGUUAGAAAGCUAAGAGAUCCUUAAUACUCCUGUUCGAUUUACCUCAUUCCGAUAGCUUUUUAUCUGUUUUUUUAUGCAAUUAGAUUUUUUAGUUUGUUAAAUAAAUUGUCUAAACAAUGUUGAUAUCUCUCAAAAAGAUGGCUGGGAUUGGAGCAAGGAAGCGGCUGGAGACAUUCAUAACGAGCAUCAGCUGAUAAGACGUCGAAGGUCUAAGGUUUCUGGAAAGAUCGAAACUUGCUAUAAAACCUUUUUUGCCAGCAGCCUACCUCCGUCAGGAUUUCGCAAAGACCACACAAACAUCAGAUACAUAUGUCAGCAGGUUCCUGGAAAACCUGCUUACUUUUAUUCAACCAUGUUUGAUCUCAAGUAUGGAAUCCCGAUCUACUCAGCGUACGUCGUGAAGCAAGCACAGGCGAGCCAGUUCGGUACUGCCCAUAGAACUAGAGACGAAUGGCGGCAGGAACAACCAGGUGAGCAAAGUAAUGGAUUCUCUGAGGUAAUGUUCUCUUGAGUUAAUACGUAAGUUUCCACUAUUUACUCCAGUAUUUUAUUGGAAAAGUAAAACGACAUUACGCACGCCAUUUCAAAGCUAACAAUUUCUAUCAAAUUACAUGGAAUCAUGCGCGAUACUUAUAGAUCCAAUACUAUGACUCGUGAAGUAAAAAGCCACACAUGCAUUCCACAUCAUCAGACAUUUACAGAUAUUUCCUUUUUUCUGUUUUUUUUUUUUUUUGCGCUGGCAUGCACUGGGUUCUGAAGUCAGUUAUCAUGAUUCAGGGUUACUCUUUCGCCUUUGAUAUUUUUACCUCAGUGUCAUUUUAAAAAGUCAUGCUUUGGUUUGUCUAGGGAUGCAUGGACUCGCGCAGAUACCUUGAUCGAAAUGUAGGUGGAAUGCAUCAGAAGUUUCUCGCUGCACGAUGGGAAUCAUAAAUUUGUCGUUGAUUAAUUUUCCCUUCUCACGAGAAUUAGGAGAAUGACCACAAUUUUUCCGUAGUGCAAACAAAAAUUUACCACUAACAAUGACAAGACCGGCAGGUCCAACAGCUUAAAAAUAUGUAUCUCAUAUUUUCUCCAGAAUCGUGCGAAAAAAAAACAUGGAGUUAUAGAUUAAAACUCUCAAAUCAGCUUUGCCAACGAUUUACAAACCGAAUGAAGACACUUUUCAUGCCGUCAAGAGUGACUUCUUACUCCGGACUAGAGAAGAACUCAGAGAUGGGCUUUUCAAUCAUCAUGCCCGUGUGGGAGCUAUGUCUUUUUUUUCGAUGAACAAAUAAUGUUUUUUGUUUGUUUAUUUUCAAAAAGAACACUUUUCUGAAUUCUAAUGUAAAAUGCAUGACCCGUAGAAUAAGUUUUUCUCUGAUUUUUUAACUUUCCAGCUGUGAUCACUCAUCAAGCCAGCGACAAAGCGUAUAAAGACCAAUCCACCUAUGCUAAGGGCCACCUUCUUCCCGCAGAAACAUAUUCCUUUACUGACGAUCACCUUGCUUCAACCUUCACGUACACAAAUGCUGUCCCUCAGAAAACGAAAUUUAACAGCGGAGCAUGGUUACAGUAUGAAAAGGAAAUAAGAAAUUACGCUAGCCACACGUGUAGCAUAAAGGGCGGGGACUUGUUCCUGAUCACAGGCAUCUCGGAAGCUCACAUCGAAAAGGAAGCUCUGAGCGCAACCCAGAAGGAUCUUGAAUUCAUGAAACCGUCCGGCGACAACAUUGCUAUCCCGAGAUCCAUGUGGACAGCCGGAUGUUGCAUCGUUCCCUCGACGGGUGUAGUGGGAGCCUUUGCUGUGAUAGGAAAUAACCUUUUCAGUAAAACAGCACCCAACAUGUUUCAAGUGACAGUUCCACAGCUUAAAGGCUUUCUUCUUACUGGUGUCCAAGGCUUUGGUGGAUCGGCAAUCGCCUUGUUUCCAGGAAAUCCUGAAUGCUCUAACCCCGGAAAUAAUGUCAAUUUUCGGAAACGGCCAUUGCCUCCUUAAUAAAGAUGCCAAUAAAGGGAAGUUUAAGGAAGGUCGAGAAUGAAAUAAUGAAAUGUAAUUCAUAAACAAUUAAAACGAAUAAAAG